CCGCUGUAACGCUGCCCCGUGUGUGUGACUGAGCUGACCGCGACAUCCAUCCUGUUCUCAGCAUGCAGAUGGUGUGAGCAGUCAGGGGAAAAGUUGAGAACGGCUCGGCUAAGCCGAACUCAAUCCACUCUGCACACACCGAGUUGGUUGUGUGUGUGUGUGUGUGUGUGUGUGUGUUUGGGGAGAGCAGCAGCAGAAGAAGCAGCUGAGCUGGAGUGCAACUUCAGCUCGUGUGUUACCAGGAUCUAUGGUGACUGAUUACCUGACUCUGGAUUGGAUACCACCGGCGUGCAUCACCACACGUCAGAGCUGAGAGGUUCAACACGGCUGUGGAUUUGAAAAGAUUAGAGUCGCUGCAAUGGACGACCGGUGCGUGUCCCACGGCAGCCCCCAGCGCAGCGGAGGUCCGGCCGGCACGGAGACGCAGAGGCCGAGUGUCAUCAGGUGUGGGUGGCUCAGGAAGCAGGGGGGUUUUGUCAAGACAUGGCACAGUCGCUGGUUUGUUCUGCGAGGGGACCAGCUCCACUAUUACAAAGACGAGGAGGAGACCAAGGUCCUGGGAGCCAUUUUCUUGCCUGGAAACAAAGUUACAGAGCAUCCAACCAGUGGCGAUGAAGGGGGGAAAUUUCUCUUGGAGAUCAUUCCAGGGGGAGCCAGAGAGCGGAUGACAGCCAACCAUGAGACCUACCUUCUUAUGGCCAGCACCCAGGACGACAUGGAGGACUGGGUGAAGACGAUCCGCCGGGUCAUCUGGGCCCCUUUUGGUGGAGGGAUCUUCGGUCAGAAGUUGGAGGAAACUGUGCGCUAUGAGAGGCGGUUUGGGAACAAGCUGGCCCCCAUGCUGGUGGAGCAGUGUGUGGACUUCAUUCGGCAGUGGGGCCUCAGGGAGGAGGGCCUCUUCAGGCUGCCCGGACAGACCAACCUGGUCAAAGAGCUGCAGGACGCCUUCGACUGUGGAGAAAAACCUUCUUUUGAUGGUGACACGGAUGUGCAUACUGUCGCCUCUCUGCUGAAGCUGUAUCUCAGAGAGCUGCCGGAGCCGGUCGUCCCCUUCCACAAGUAUGACGACUUUCUGGCCUGCACCCAGCUAAUUGGAAAAGAUGAUGAAAUGGGCAUAAAGGAGUUGAGAAAGCUUGUGGAAAAUCUACCUCCAGUGAACUACAACCUUCUCAAGUACAUCUGCAGAUUUCUAGAUGAAGUCCAGUCGUAUUCAGGAGUGAAUAAAAUGAGCGUCCAAAACUUGGCCACAGUCUUUGGGCCAAAUAUCCUGAGGCCGAAGGUCGAGGAUCCGGUCGCCAUCAUGGAAGGUACGGUUCUGGUCCAGCAGCUCAUGGCCGUUCUGAUCGGCCGCCACGACGUGCUUUUCCCUCCGGACGACGACGGCUCCGCGGCCCUCGAGCUCGUCAACAACAACAACGAGCUGCGGCGGCGCCACGCCGCGGCCGCCUCCGGCAACGCCGCGGUGACUCAGAACGCCGAGAACAACAACACGCAGGCGGCGGUGCGGCGGUGCGUUUGGGAAGCGCCGGAGUCUCCCUCGCGCCGCCGCCACGCGGACAACGGCGGCUCCCCGCGGUCGGCGAGCCCUCGCGGCGGUGUCGCGGGGCGCUUCGACGCCGCCCGCAGUCCGCCGCCGCCGACGGUGAAAAAGAACCCGGCGUUCAGCAAAGGCGGCGGGAUCGUGACAAACGGCUCCUUCAGCUCCUCGCCCUCUUCCGACCCCAGGCGAGAAAAGAGCCCGACUUUGAACGGCGGCGGCGGGAGUUUACCGUCGCGGCGCGCCGGGACGCUCAAGGGCUCCGGCACCAAGAUGGGCACCAGCGGCGCGAUGGGCGGAAGCGGCUCCGGGGGGACCGGAGUCGUGCGCAUGGGCAUCUCCGGCAACGGCCUCUGGGCGCCGAACGGCUGGCCUUCUGCGAGAGCGGCAAAGCGCGACUGCCCCAGCGGUGAUCAACGUCAGCAGAACCGCCUCUCCACGUACGACAACGUGCAGCUGAACCAGCAGAACUCGCAGCAGCAGAACCACGGCGCCAACACGUGUCUGAACGGCGGCCACGAGGACAAGCAGAGCGUGGACAGCGCCACCUGGUCCACGUCCUCCUGUGAAAUCUCUCUGCCCGACAACUCCGCUUCCUGCCGCUCCUCCACCACGACCUGCCCCGAGCAGGACUUCUACGGAGCGCACUUUGAGGACCUGGACGGGUCCGCGCAGGACAACGAGUGCCCCCAGUCCAGCGAGGGAGGAGAGGGGGAGGGCAGCAGCGGAGGCGGAGCAGGAAGGAGCAGUCAGGGCACCAGCAGCAGUAGUAACAGUGACGGUUACUCUGCUGGCAACGGACCCGGCGGCCAUAGUGCUCUGCACAGUUUGGUGGCCAGUCUCAAACAGGAGAUGCACAAGCAGAAGACAGAGUACGAGGCCAGGAUCAAGAGCUUGGAGCAGCGCAACCUGGAGCUGGAGACGGAGAUGCUGGGCCUCCACGAAGAGCUGGACCAGGAGAGGAAGAAGUACGCCAUGGCGGAGAUCAAGCUGCGCAACGGCGAGCGCGCCAAGGACGACGCCGAGCGGCGCAACCAGAUCCUGCAGAAGGAGAUGGAGCAGUUCUUCUCCACCUUCAGCGACCUCACCGCCACCGGCACCCCCCCGGCCGCCGACCCUCGGCGACCCGAUCGCAGCAACAGCAUCUGGAUACAGUGACGGGAGGCGGGGCGAUGCCGGCCCGGGAUUGGAACGGUUUAUUAUACGACUUGAACAUUAUCGAGGGCUCCAAACAGGAUUUGGUUGUUGAGGGGAAAGUCGGAAAGUCGCAUUUUAGAGGUCAACGGCGUGUUUUAAUUUAAGCGACAGGAGUUGAAGGUGUCAUGCAAAGGAACCUGUAUACAUGUAGACAUCACCUGGAGUGAUGCCAGACUGAUAAUAUCUGUAAAUACAGCUUUAUUUAAACGGCUCGCGGACAACACCACAUGGUCUACGAUGAGACGCAGUGCUAUUGUUAUUUUGACUUGUAGGGGGAAGGCAACAUGUUGUGUUGAGCAAAGACACAACAACACAACAACCUGGAGACGCAUUAGGACCAUGCAAAACUUUUCACUUUUUUCAAAAUCUAACCAAAAACACCGUAUUGUUCUGUCAAUCUGUAUCUGCUCAUGUACAUAUUGGGAAACAAUGCGGAAAAAACAGUCAUUUGUUUGUAAAAAUAUUAAUGAAAGUAAUACUUUAAUGUUUAUCUGGUAUUUAACCCUCCUGUUACCUUUAGGGUCAAUUUGACCCCAUUCAAUGUUUAACCCUCCUGUUACCUUUAUAUUUACUGACAUAUUUUACCCUCGGGGUCAAUUUGACCCCAGCAAUUAAAACCUCCAGAAAAUUAUUAGAAUUAAUAUUGUUUUCCAAGUUUAAGUGUGAGGUACUUUAUGUUUGUUUGUUGACGACCUAAAUAGCCCUUUAAAUAUAUAAAAAAGUUGAUAUUUCUUAUAUGUUUUACAGUGAAAAACAGCCUGGGGUCAAAUUGACCCUAAAGGUAACAAGAGGGUUAAGCAAAGUUAUCAAUGUGCGAUAUUUUAUAUUACGAUUUCUCCUUGCACUUACGUUGGUUAAGCGUCAGCAAGGUGGUACUAAAUGUGAACAUGUACUGUCUAUGUGCUUCUGUGCUGUUUUCAUUCACCCCAUGACCAAAAAAGAGCCUGUAAUGUAAAUAUUUUAUAGAUAUUCGUACACUCCUUGUUGGCGUGACGCACAUGCAGACGGGAAUGGCAUGCGUUGAGUUAUUACGGAUUUAGGAAUGUUUUGUAGCUUGUAACGAUGCAUUUUAAGACUUGCACGAUGGGUCGUUGGCACAAACCCCCGCUGAAAUAAAAUGAGCCCGUUUUGAAUUUCAGUUGACAAAUGGUCCCGCUCCCUCGGGUGUGCAGCCGUCGUCUUUCUUUGACUGCUCUUGGGAAUUACAUGUCACGGUCUACCAUUUAAGUUCUUUAAAGAGUCACCUGUCGUCUUCUGACAAUUUAUCCAGCGGACACAACUGCUUUUCAUUCUCAACCAGCAUAGAAUAACAAGCUGCAGCAGCAAACUCGAGAGUUAUGUUUGUGGGUGGUAACUGUGAAAAGAAAGUGGAUUACAGCAUCAAAGUGGGAUUAACGGCGAGGACAUCAACACUCGAUUCAGUCGCACGUAUUGCGUGCAUGAUGGUUCUCGAGUCUGUGCGGGCCGGGGUGUAAUAAGUGAAUGUCUGUAACGUAACUGCUUAUUGUUGAAGUCUUUAUGAGUGUAUUUAUGUAGCUUUAAGCCAAAUGCACUGCGGGUACAAGACAUCUCGAGUCCAGACCUGAGCUGGAUUUCUCUGGAAAGAAGCUGCUCUUCCUCUGCAGACCAGGGACCAUGUUGACCUGCUGCUGGUCAGUGCAGGACAUCUGGAACGUGCACAUGAAGGGGGGAAGAAGUUCCUGAAACGACGGAAGGAGGGACGGGAAGCCUGCGCUUCUCGAUUUUGCGCACUCCACCGAGAAAUAACAGGUUGAAGCCGAGAUGACGGCGGCACCGAAUUCUGUGAGUUCAGCUCAAAAGAGCAGGCGCAGGACCGGAGGGAGAGGACGACUGGGUUAGUGGAAUAUUUUCAUGACAUCAUACUUGAGACACAAAAGAACUAAUUAUGAAUUAAAAAAGCCUUUUUAUUUGA